AAACAGUCGGAGGCAACGCGAGUCAGUUGAGGAGCACGAGUCGCAGCGCGAACAACAGGCAAACACAACAAACACAGACACAAUUCGAAAAGGAUUAACUAACUAGCAGAAGCCAACUCUAAGAAAAUGCAUUCUUGGCUGCUUAUAACAAUGUUGGCGGCGACGCUGAUGCUAAAUGUGGCAUGGACUAAGCCGCUGGGCCUAGACACUCUCCAGGAGACCGAUGAGCAGCUGCUCAAGAUGCUGGGCGGGCACAGCAUGGAGGACGAUUCAGUCAGUGUGGAGAAUGAGAAGACGAAACUGGAGCAGGAGUGGGUGCAGCAUGAGCGUAGGAGGCGAGCAGCUGGCGAAGAUUCAAGCGGCUCAUCCGAAGAGGGCGCCCAAGCACAGAAGCAGCAGCCGGAGAAGCAGCAGCAGGCAAAGGCUGACAGUUCAUCCGAGGAGACGCCGGAUGCCAAGCAACAGUCGGAGAAGCAGCAGCAGGAAAAAGAAGACAGCUCGUCAGAGGAGAAGCCCCAAGCACGUAAGAGCCGAUCAGCUGGUGAGGAUUCAAGUAGCUCAUCUGAAGAGGAUGGCCCAGGACAGGAGCCAAAGAAGCAGCAGCCAGCACCACAGCCAGAGGCACAGCCAGAGGCACAGCCUGAGGCACAGCCUGAGGCACAACCUGAGGCCCAGCCGGAGGCACAGCCUGAAGCACAGCCUGAAGCACAAUCUGAGGCACAAUCUGAGGCACAACCAGAGGCACAACCAGAGGCACAGCCUGAGCCUCUGCCCGAGGCACAGCCCGAGCAGGAGCAGACAGCUCAGACGACGCGUCGCCGGCGUGAGGCCAUGCCGGACAAUGCCAGCCAGCAGCUGGAGCAACUGGAACCAAUCCACAGUAUUGAGCAGCUGGAGCAGUUGGCCGAAGCAAGCGAUUCACUCAACAUGGAGGACUAUGCACAGGGCUGCGAGGUGCUCGAGGUGGACUCCAACGAGGUCAACAAUGAGACCACCUACGUGGAAUAGAGCCAAAUUCAAUAAUCGUAUUCUUUAAACUAGCAAAUAAAUAAACAAAAAACAAAUACUCAAAAUA